UACGCGAGAUCCGACUUUCUUUGCUCAGGUAGUUCCAGGAUGGGAACACGGUGAAUUUAAGAAACCAAGACAUCGCAUACCAACGUGCUCUUUAAAACUUAAGAACUAAAAGUAUUUGUGUUGCAGCUGUUGCUCGCAUUGUUUCAGGUUAAAGUGGAACUACUAGGCUACUCGUCGUCAUCUCUUGUUAAGCAUGCACACGGACGCAUAAACGUCAAGACGCCGUGGAGUUUGUAUGAAAGCUGUCCUAAUGUUUCAGAUCGCCCCAGCAUCGCUCUCUAACACCCAGCAGGCGGAGAUCGAUGCUCUCGACGUGGCCUCUAAUAAACUGCGCUAUUUUCCUCGUUAAUGUCACGUUUAAAACACCCUCCGGCUUUUAGUUUGUGUCCUCGUACGCAAAUGAUCAGAAAAGCUCCUCUACAGAUGCGCUGUAAGGACUGCGGAUCUUCCUUAAGCGUUUGAUUAAAAAAAAAAAAAAUCAUAUUGUACGAUAUUCCAGGCGGUGGGUGAGUCGGUGAGACGAGACUGCUUCAAGGUGAUUUUGGGAAAGAUUCGAGCCAUCGGGAUUUUUCGUGGGGAUUCAUUCUUUGGAGAAUGAUGUGGGGUGGAAGAGGAGCAGCUUGGCUUUGGAUUUGGGCCUGUUUACUGGUGACCAGCGUUUUGGCUGGAAAAAGCUCCAGUCAAAGCGCAGAUGAGCAGAAAGACAACACCACAGUUUUCACCAGGAUUCUGGACAGCCUCCUCGAUGGCUACGACAACCGUCUCAGGCCUGGGCUCGGAGAGCGUGUAACCGAAGUCAAGACUGACAUUUUCGUGACGAGUAUCGGGCCGGUCUCGGACCACGACAUGGAGUACACCAUCGAUGUGUUCUUCAGGCAGAGCUGGAAGGACGAGAGGCUGAAGUUCAAAGGUCCUAUGGCUGUGCUCCGUCUCAACAAUCUCAUGGCCAGCAAAAUCUGGACCCCCGACACGUUUUUCCACAACGGAAAGAAGUCAGUCGCCCAUAACAUGACCAUGCCUAACAAACUGCUGCGGAUCACAGAGGAAGGAACUCUGCUUUACACCAUGAGGCUUACAGUCAGAGCUGAAUGUCCGAUGCAUUUGGAGGACUUCCCAAUGGACGCCCAUGCAUGCCCUCUCAAAUUCGGCAGCUAUGCCUACACGAGGGCUGAGGUGGUGUACGUUUGGACGCGAGGGGCAGCGCAGUCUGUGGUCGUGGCUGACGACGGCUCUCGGCUCAACCAGUAUGACUUGAUGGGACAGACGGUGGACUCGGGUGUGGUGCAGUCCAGCACUGGAGAGUAUGUUGUCAUGAAAACACAUUUCCACCUCAAAAGGAAGAUCGGUUACUUUGUCAUCCAGACAUAUUUGCCGUGCAUCAUGACCGUGAUCCUGUCCCAGGUGUCUUUCUGGCUCAACAGGGAAUCUGUCCCCGCCAGAACUGUGUUUGGAGUGACCACUGUCCUUACCAUGACCACCCUGAGCAUCAGCGCGAGAAACUCUCUGCCCAAGGUGGCCUAUGCCACAGCCAUGGACUGGUUCAUCGCCGUCUGCUACGCGUUUGUCUUCUCGGCUCUCAUUGAGUUUGCCACAGUAAACUACUUCACCAAGAGGGGUUACGCCUGGGAUGGGAAAAGUGUGGUGCCAGAAAAGCAAAAGAAGAAGAAGGAGUCAUUGCUGAAAAAGAACAACACCUACACGGCCGCGACGGCGACGACGUUUGCUCCGAACAUUGCCAGAGACCCUGGUUUGGCAACUAUUGCUAAAAGUGCCCCCCCUCCGCCAACCGAGCCCAAGGAAGAGCCAAAACCCAAACCCCCCGAGGCCAAGAAGACCUUCAACAGCGUGAGCAAGAUCGACAGGAUCGCCAGAAUAGCCUUCCCGCUGCUCUUCGGAACCUUUAACUUGGUGUAUUGGGCCACUUACUUGAAUAAAAAACCCAAAUUACAGGGCGCCCAGCAGCCACACUAAUUCCAUCUCCUCGGUUUUUCUCUCUUUUCUUUCUUAUGUUUCUAAACAAUAACAAAAAAGUGAAGCGAAACGAUUUGUUUCAAUGAUAGUCCAGCUCCCACUUUCAAGUUUGUGUCGACAUAUGUAACAUACUGUAUCUUCCUAUAAUAACGAGAGCGACUGUAUUAUGUACAAACCACUGCACUGGAAGGGAACUCAUACUAUAUAUAUAUACAAACAGACACAGUAUAUCAGACCUGAGAGAAUGCUAUUCUGCAAAUGCACAUAGAAUUAUAGUUUAAAACUCCCUUCCUUAGAGAAUAGUUAACCCCCC